CAAGGUGAUAACCCGAUCUGCCAGUCGCGAUGGUGAUAACUUCACCUUAGUUGCGGUAACCCCGCGCUAAACGAUGGAGAUAACUUCACACUAGGAAACUACGGCCCUGAAAAUGCUGCGGGGGUAUUUGGAGUUCAGCCAGAAUGGUUGCGACUCGAGCGUACUCACUCAUAAAUUACACAUACAUUGAUUGUAACCCCAUUAGCCACUACAUCAUGCAUUUACCUCAUGCUACAUAAAUAACGACAUCCCGCGCACCGGCAGCAUCUUUAACUGACCCUCAUUGAAUUAUCCCAUAUCGAUAUAACAUAUUUAACCCCUUCACUAUGGCUGCUCCUGCUCUCCCCGAAUCCCUUAAGGCGUCUGUAGAGGGCACCAAGGUCGAAUACCGCAAGCUUGGUAAUAGCGGCUUGAAAAUAUCCGUCCCCGUAUUCGGCUGUAUGAGUUUUGGUGACAGCAAGGCACUGUCAUGGGCUAUUGACGAAGAACAGGCUCUGCCUCUGCUCAAGCAUGCCUACGAUAACGGGUUAACUACUUGGGACACUGCCAACGUUUACUCCCAAGGCGCAAGCGAGAGGAUUGUUGGAAAGGCUCUCAAGACGUACAAUAUCCCCCGCGAGAAGGUUGUUAUCAUGUCCAAGUGUUUCUGGGCCGUCGGCGAGACCCCUGAAGUUCGCCACUUCCUGCAUAAGGACGCCAUCGAGAUCUCCAAGGACUACGUGAACCACUAUGGCCUGUCGCGCCUUGCGAUCUUCAACGCCGUCGAAGCAUCGUUGAAGCGCCUAGACACAGACUACAUUGACGUGUUCCAAAUCCACCGAUUCGAUCCCGAAACCCCGAUUGAAGAAACCAUGAAAGCGCUCCACGACCUAGUGCAGAGUGGCAGGAUCCGAUACAUAGGGGCUAGUAGCAUGUGGGCGGUCAACUUUGCACGUAUGCAGUUCGUCGCCGAGAAGAAUGGCUGGACCAAGUUUAUCUCGAUGCAAAAUCAUUACAACCUAUUGUACCGCGAGGAAGAGAGGGAGAUGAACCGUUUCUGCCGUGACACAGGGGUUGGACUCAUCCCCUGGGCGCCCCUCUGCCGUGGACACCUCGCCCGCGCCCCUACCGAGUUUGGCUCGACUGAGCGUAGCAAGCUGGAGAAGAGCAGCUCCCCGGGUUCCCACGGCACUGUCGAACCUGACAUAACGAUCAUCAAGCGCGUACAGGAGCUCGCGGAGAAGAAAGGAUGGCCGAUGAGCCACGUAGCUUUGGCCUGGAUCAACAAGCGCGUCUCUAGCCCUAUCAUUGGAUUCUCAAGCAUAGCACGUAUCGAUGAGGCACUCGGUAUCAAGGGAAAGACUUUGACGGAGGAAGAUGAGAAGUAUCUGGAGGAGCUGUACGAGCCGAAGAAGAUCUCGGGUCAUACUUAGGGAGAAGGACCUGAGGAACAGCCUACCAGAUCCCAGGCCAAGAAUUGGGCUAUUAACUGGGAUAUGAUGGUACAAUGUGGAUUUGUUUCCAUUUUCUGGGUUUGGCUCGUAUGCGCCUACUAUGAGAUAGGGUACUAGGUGGAAGCCAGAGAUACAACAUAUUCAUAGCGAACAUGCAUCUCUGUAACUUCUG